AUGAGCGCCAACAGCAGCGCGGGGGGCCAGCUCCUCUGGCAGGGGCCGGUGUGCACCGGCUGGAGGCAGGACCUGGAAGGGGCUCUCUACCACCUGGCCAACUGCUUCCUGCUCCUGGGCUUCAUGGGGGGCAGCGGGGUGUACGGAUGCUUCUACCUCUUUGGCUUCCUGGGCACGGGCUACCUGUGCUGCAUGCUGUGGGGCUGGUUCCACGCCUGCGGCCUGGACGUCGUCCUCUGGAGCUUCCUGACGACAGCGGCCUGCGUGCUCCAGCUGGCACUCCUGGUGUACCGCCUGCGCGGGGACACCCUCCCUGAGGAGUUCGAUCUCCUCUACAAGACACUGUGCCUGCCCCUGCAGGUGCCCCUGCAGACCUACAAGGAGAUUGUCCACUGCUGCGAGGAGCGGGUCUUAACUCUGGCCACUGACCAGACCUAUGCUGUGGAGGGCGAGACCCCCAUCAACCGUCUGUCCCUGCUGCUCUCCGGCCGGGUUCGCGUGAGCCAGGAUGGGCAGUUUCUGCACUACAUCUUUCCUUACCAGUUCAUGGACUCUCCCGAGUGGGAAUCACUGCAGCCCUCUGAGGAGGGGGUGUUCCAGGUCACUCUGACUGCCGAGACAGCGUGUAGCUAUAUUUCCUGGCCCCGGAAAAGUCUCCACCUUCUUCUGGCCAAAGAGCGAUACAUAUCCCGCCUCUUCUCGGCCCUGCUGGGCUAUGACAUCUCGGAGAAACUCUACGCUCUCAAUGACAAGCUCUUUGCUAAGUUUGGGCUGCGCUUCGACAUCCGUCUCCCCAGCCUCUACCACGUCCUGGGGCCGGCUGCCCCAGAUACAGGGACAGAGUCCGAGAAGGAUGAUGAGGAUGUCCGUGAGCCAGCCACGUCCUCUCCUCGGGCCACGCCCACAUCUGUCCAGCAAACGCCCCCUUGCUCUCCCUCUGCAGCUGCCACCAACCCUCCGGCACCUCCUUCCCGGGCCAGGAUGUCCAGGUCUGACAGCGGCGUCCUGGGUGAGGACUCCACCAGUCUGGUGCUGGAGGAUUUUGAGGAAGUGUCAGGAUCAGAAUCGUUCAUGGAUUAUAGGAGUGAUGGGGAGUACAUGAGGUGAGGGAAGAAUUAACAUGGGCACAGCCACCGGGCUCAGG